ACAAAAAACAACAAACGCCAACACACUCACUGAGUGUACCACUUUUUCACCUCCGGCAGCCCAUUUCUCUCUCUCUCUCUCUCUAGACGGAAUAGAUGGGGGAAGGAAAGGGGUCGACUUUAGUUCAUCUACUGGUGGUCAUUCUUAGCUUAGUCGCUUUCGGAUUCUCUAUUGCUGCUGAGCGCCGUAGAAGCACUGGUACUUUACAUGAGAUUGACAAUUCCAAUACCAAUGCUACAUACUGUGUUUACAGUUCAGAUGUUGCAACUGGAUAUGGGGCAGGUGCUUUCUUGUUUCUUCUCUCAAGUGAAUCGCUGGUUAUGGGUGUGACAAAGUGCAUGUGUUUUGGGAGACCAUUAGCGCCUGGAGGGAAUCGUGCUUGGACCAUUAUAUAUUUUGUAUCAUCAUGGAUGACUUUUCUCGUGGCAGAAGCAUGUCUAGUUGCUGGUGCAAAGAAGAAUGCUUACCACACCAAGUACCGGGAUGCGAUUUACGCGCACGACUUCUCUUGUGAAACAUUGCGGAAGGGUGUUUUCAUUGCAGGAGCAGUGUUCGUGGUUGCAACAAUGAUCCUCAACGUAUACUACUACAUGUACUUCACCAAGGCUACUACUACUCAGGCACCACAUAAAACAAAUCGUGCAAACUCAACUGUUGGAAUGACUGGGUAUGCAUAGAUUUUACUACGGACUAGAUAGGUUUUCACUUUUGGUGCUUGGUAUUAUUAGAUUAGCUUAUGAUGCUUGUAUGAUUGUAUGAUGCAAUAGUACAAUGAUCUACAUUUAGUUACCUAAUGACAUAUUUGGUCAAUAAUGCUAGUACGUAUUGAUAGAUAGAUCCACUGAUAGUUCAAAUCAUAAAAAGAAAUCUCUGUAUUUUUUAUUUAUUUAUUUAUUUUUUUAAGUGGCAUAAGGAUAUCAGAUGUCAAGUUUAGUGAUCAA